AUGAAGAGGACCUCCAAAAGUGUGAUGAAUGAUACCACACUGAGAGAGAUGCUGAUUUUCUUCAGGAACCAAGUGAAAGUAGUGAGCUUAGUCAUCCUGAGACUAAGGUGCAUACACGGUCUAGAUACAACAGCCGUCCAGCCGGCAUCCCCACCAUACCUGUGCCCCAGCUGCACAGCUGCCCUCCCCACCGUCCCCAUAUUCCGGCCGCCCAGUGGCCCUAACCACCUUCCAUGUACCUCGGCCACCCAGCUGGCCUCCACACAGUCCCCACACUCCAGCUGCCCAGCAAGCCUCCCCAUCAUCGGUCCAGGCUGCCCAGCCAGCCUCCCCACAGUCCCCCUGACACAGCUGCCAGCCAGCCUCCCCACCGUCCUCGGAUCCCAGCUGCCAAGCCGUCCUCCCCACCGUAGCCUGUGCCCCAGCCACCCAGCUCGCCUCCCCAUCAUCCCUGCACCCCAGCUGUCCUCCCCAUCAUCCCUGCACCCCGGCCUCCCAGCCAGCCUCCCAAAUGUCCCCGCACUCCAGCCGCGCAGCCAGCCUCCCCACCAUCCCCAGGUCUUGGCAGUCCAGCCGUCCUCCCCGCAGUCCCCUGGACCUGGCUGCCCAGCUGGCCUCCCCACCAUCCCAGGAUCCUGGCAGCCAAGCCGUCCUCCCCACCGUCCGUGUGCCCCAGCCGCCCAGCCGGCCUCCCCACCACCCCUGCGCCCCAGUUGCCCAGCCACCCUCCACACUGUCCCUGCACCCCCGCCUCCAAGUCAGCCUCUCCACCAUCCCUGUGCCCCAGCUGCCCAUCCGGCCUCCCCACCAUCCCUGCGCCCCAGUUUCCCAGCCACCCUCCACACUGUGUCUGGGUCCCGGCCUCCAAGCCGGCCUCCCCACCGUCCGCACGCUCCAGCCACCCAGCCAGCCUCCCCAACGUCUCUGGGUCCUGGCCGCCCGGCCGGCCUCCCCAAUGUCUCAGGGUCCAAGCCAGCCAGCCGGCCUCCCCAUUGUCUCCCGGACCCAGCUACCCAGCCGGCCUCCCCACAGUCCCUGGACCUGGCUUCCCAGCCAUCCUCCCCACCGUCCCUGUGCCUCAGCCACCCAGGUGGCCUCCCCACCAUCCCUGCGCCCCAGCCGCCCAGCCGGCCUCCCCACCGUCCCUGCGCCCUGGCCUCCCAGCCAGUCUCCCCACCGUCCCUGCACCCCGGCCUCCCAGCUGGCCUCAACACUGUCCCUUUGCUAUGGCCUCCCUCCCAUCCUCAUGCCCAGCCGCCCAGGCAGCCUCCCCACCGUCCUACGUCCCAGCCGGCGACCCAGCCAGCCUCCCCACUGCCCUAG